AUGCACCUCCUCCCUCGCUUCAAGAAAUUGGCCACCUUGUCGGUUUUAAUCAGUUCAGUUUCAAGUUUAUUGACACCCGAGAAGCUUGAAAUCAGUGCCGAUUUCCCUUCAAACAAUCAAUUCGGGAUUGUCUUCAAUGGCCAGCCCAAUAAAAUCCUUUUAAAGGUCCUUAACUUAGGGAGAGAUCCGGUCGAGGAUGUGAUGAGAAUCCAUCAAGUAUGGAACGAGUUCCGGGAAAUCGGUGGCAAAGAGCGCUUGCUGAGAAAAGGUGUUCCAGUGCCUUCAAAGAGGACCCUACCACCGAAAAUCGAGCCAUACAUUAUACCCUACAUGUUCAGUGCCGAGGAAAGAGAAGGCAAUAUCGGUUUGAGGAUUUGGGUUGAAUGGAGUGGUCCGACGGGGAAGAAGCAUCGAUCCAUCGCUUACGAUUCAACUGUCACAAUUCAAGAACCUCCUACCCGGUGGUUUGAUCCCCAGCUGAUCCUACUGUACAUCAUCUUGGCAUCUACAUUUGGUGGGAUCGGAUACAUGGUUUACAGCUCUUACGUCGUUCCAGUCAAACCAGCUCGCUCAUUGAAGCCCAAGCAGUCUACAGAAGGUUCCCUCCGAUCGAGCUCAAAGGUUGCUACUCCGACUGGCGGUGCCUACGAGGAAGAAUGGAUACCAGCGGGCCAUUCAGUUCGACCUUCCAAAAAAACUGGCGCAGAGACCGGCGGUGAGGAGAGCAGCGGGGCCGAAGGAAAGGCUCGCAGACGGAAACGUUAA